GUCGUGCUUCCGAGACACAGCAAAUUAAUCCAUUAUUUCAUUACGGAGCGUCGGCGCGCAUCGAUUAGUUUGUGUUCGUCAGUGCGCAGAUGAUGAUGGAGUACAUGGAGGAUAAGUUUGUCUUGAAAAGCCAGGCGAUGAAGACCGGUGAUUACUACAUGGACCAAGUCAUGGAGAGUUUGGACAGCGCGCAGUACUUCAACAAGUCCUCCCCGAAAUGCGCGCAGGCCUUCGUGCUGCAGGGCGCAGAGCAGCGCACCUCACCGUGCGCGGACAAUGCCGCUUACGGAGUGCCAAAAGCGGACGACGAGUCUUUGCGCUCGGACCUCGGCAGGCCGAUGGAUAAUUGUUGCAGUCUGAGGGCGUCUCCGGUCACGAGUGGACCAGAGAAAACGGAUUUGGACGAAAUGGGAGACAAGUGCGACAGUAACGUGUCCAGCAGCAAGAAGAGGAGACACCGGACCACGUUCACCAGCGCGCAGCUGGAGGAGCUGGAGAAAGUGUUCCAAAAAACGCACUAUCCGGACGUGUAUGUGCGGGAGCAGCUGGCCAUGAGGACCGAGUUAACGGAGGCGAGAGUGCAGGUGUGGUUUCAAAACAGAAGAGCAAAGUGGAGGAAAAGAGAGCGCUACGGGCAGAUCCAACAAGCCAAAAAUCACUUUGCAGCCACCUACGAUUUAUCUGUUUUACCGAGGAACGACAGCUACACGCAGAUCCCCAACAACCUGUGGCCCAGUCCAACUCCUGGCGGCUCCGUGGUGUCCUCCUGCAUGCUGCCACGAGCCUCCCCUCCCUGCGUCUCCUCAUACUCGCACUCCCCCCGUCAGGCAGCUGCAGCUGACCACGGUUACUUCUCCAAUCAGCAGAAUCAAUUCAGCCACAUCUCCCUCAACAACUUCUUCAGCACCGACUCCCUCCUCACACCGGCUGCCAACGGACACCCCGCCUUUGAGACCAAGCCCGAGUUUGAGCGGCGCUCAUCCAGCAUCGCAGUGCUGCGCAUGAAAGCCAAGGAGCACACAGCCAACAUCUCCUGGACCAUGUGAUGGGGUUGAAAGGAAGCUGGAUUUCACCUGUGGUUCAGGUUUAGCUACAUUUUGUGUUGCAUUGCAGAAUAAAUGUCAUUUGACAGCUGGUAAUUGGUCCAGAGUGGGACAACUCUCAUGUUUCAUAUCAAAGUCUGAAGUGACACAGUGUGAGAAAAGGAGGCAGAAACACUAAAGGCUCCGGUGGAACCCAGUCCUGAUCUGGGUCCAUGUGGAGGGGUCUUAAUCCACUAAAAGCUUUACUACUCUUCUUUUCAGCAUCCUCUCUUGUAGCUCGGCACUGAAGAGCAGGAAGACGGAGACAAAGAC